AGACGCCGGUGACGUAUUUCCUGUUAGUGUCUGCGUGUGGAGCUCGUCGUCAGUGGGUCUGAGUGGGUCUGAGUUCGGGUCUGAGUGGGUCUGAGUUCGGGUCCGGAUCGUUCUGAGAAUCAAGUCCAGCAGCGGAGAUGGCGAGGAACGCUGAGAAGGCCAUGACGGCCCUGGCUCGGUUCAGACAGGCUCAGUUGGAGGAGGGAAAAGUCAAGGAGAGGAGACCCUUUCUGGCAUCAGAGUGCAGUGAACUUCCUAAAGCUGAGAAAUGGAGACGACAGAUCAUCAGUGAGAUCUCUAAGAAGGUGGCUCAGAUCCAGAACGCUGGUCUCGGGGAGUUCAGGAUUCGGGAUCUGAAUGAUGAGAUCAACAAAUUGCUGAGAGAGAAAGGUCACUGGGAGGUCCGGAUCAAAGAGCUGGGAGGACCCGACUAUGCGCGUGUCGGUCCGAAGAUGUUGGACCACGAGGGGAAGGAGGUUCCUGGAAAUCGAGGGUAUAAGUACUUUGGAGCAGCCAGAGACCUUCCUGGAGUCAGGGAGCUGUUUGAGAAGGAGCCUGCCCCAGCGCUGAGGAAGACGAGGGCGGAGCUGAUGAAGGAAGUGGACGCAGAGUAUUACGGCUACAGAGAUGAAGACGAUGGAGUGCUGCUUCCCCUGGAGAUGGAGUACGAGAAACAAGGUAGAUCGUGUGUGUGUGUGUGUGUGUGUGUUGUGUAUAUACUGUGUGUGUGUGCAGUGUGUAUAUACUGUGUGUGUGUGCAGUGUGUAUAUACUGUGUGUGUGCAGUGUGUAUAUACUGUGUGUGUGCAGUGUGUGUGUGCAGUGUGUAUAUACUGUGUGUGUGCAGUGUGUAUAUACUGUGUGUGUGCAGUGUGUGUGUGCAGUGUGUAUAUACUGUGUGUGUGCAGUGUGUGUGUGCAGUGUGUAUAUACUGUGUGUGUGCAGUGUGUAUAUACUGUGUGUACUGUGUGUGUGCAGUGUGUAUAUACUGUGUGUACUGUGUGUGUGUGCAGUGUGUAUAUACUGUGUGUACUGUGUGUGUGCAGUGUGUAUAUACUGUGUGUGUGUGUGUGUGUGUGUGCAGCGGUGCUGGAGGCGGUGCAGAGGUGGAGAACAGAGAAGGAGUCUCGUCUGUCAGGAGACAAACAGCCACCGGAGGAGGAAGAGGAGGAGGAGGAGAGCAUCUACCGGGUCCACAGUGAGGAGCUGGAUGACGAAGAGAGCCGAGAGGAGCAGGAGGGAGAGGAAGGUGGAGUCGCCUUCAUCGCACACGUACCUGUCCCCUCACAGAAAGAGGUGGAGGAGGCUCUGGUCAGGAGGAAGAAGAUGGAGUUGUUGCAGCGCUACGCCAGCGAGACUCUUCAGGCUCAAAGUCAGACCGCGAAAACCCUGCUCGGACUGUAACCUGUCUGUGUGUCUGUAACCUGUCUGUGUGUCUGUAACCUGUCUGCCUCAUUUUGAUACUCGACCUGUUUGUAAUUAAAACGUUGUUCAGCUCA